CUCAAGCCUGUUAAACAACAUAUUCUCUGGAAAAAGAAGGCUGAGAUGCUCCAGUCUCGCGUGGAUGAGCUGGAGGAGGAAAAUGGCUUGCUCAAGAAGCAACUUGAAGAUAAGUCUGCACAAGAACAAGAUGGGAACAUGGAGAUUACAGCCACUGAAGAUGAGGAGCCACAGGCCAUGAUGUUGGACUCCAGCACUGAUAGUAGCACCGAUUCAAGCUCUGAUGACUCCAGCUCCACCUCUGUCUCGUCGGAUGAGGAAAAGAAGAAAAAGAAGCGUAAAAAGAAGAAUGGCAAGAAGAGAAGCAAAAAAAGAAAGAAGGAAAACAAAAAUACGAAGAAAUCAGGCAGAAAAGGAGAGCGAGUUGCCUCAAUCCCAGAUGUGGUGAAAAGAUAUCGACGGGUCCUCAAACUUGUGCAAAGAGGCUUCAGGAUGACCACAGCUUUCAAGAAAGCUCACGUUUCAAGAAAUGCUGUGAAAGACACGGCAGCAAUCGCAGAGAUUUACAUAGCAGACAAAAGUGUCCUUGACCAGUUCAAGGGUAAAUACACACUUUUGAAACUAGCACAACUUUGUCAGAAAAAAAUAGUUGGUGAACUGGCAGAAAAGAUCAUUGAAAUGAAAAACAACAAACAGCUCAUCCCCUUUUCUGCCAAGAAAGACUGACUAUAGGCAACAGGAUGUUAACUAGAUAAGUCUAAGUAGAUUAUUGUUAACUAGGUAAGUUUUAUUUUUCAUAAUUUGAAAUGGUGGUGGCUGUUGUUCAAGUUGGUUUUUCCCUAUGCCACACCUCCAAUAAGACAACAUGGUAAAGCCAUAUGUGCAACAAUGUAAAGACAUAUGUGCAGCAUGUUUUUUUCUCUCUCUCUCUUUUUUUUUCUCAGUGUAGUUUUUCAUAUAAUAUUAAUUCAUGUAAAG